AUGGAAAAAGUACGACUAACUGAACCUCUUUUUCUCUUACAUAUUGUCGGAAUGAGUCCUCACGACUCGGGCAAGUUUGCCCAAAUCCGCAAAAUAAUUUCCAUACUUGUGUAUAUUUCGACUGUUAGUCUUUCAAUGAUUGAGCUUUUUUUCAACUACAAAAAUCUGGAGACUUUGAUUCGAGCUACUGAAUCUUUUUUCACUCAAUACGGGCUUGGUUGGAAAAUCGCAAUUUUUGUAAUCUACAAAACAGAAUUAGUCCAAAUAAUCCAACUCUGUGACGAUUUAUGGUCAUUGGACGAAUUUAAAAUUCGCCACAAUUUCCAAUUUCAGCACAAGUUUUUGCGCAAUUUUUUUCUUUUUUACACCGGGAAUCUGGUCAUUUUGUGCACACAAUUUGCCGUUACGGCAUAUUUCGACAACCAAUUUAAAUCUGUGAUAGUUUAUUAUGGCGAACAAGAGUCAUUUAGCGAAAAUUAUGACAAUUUUGUGUUUGUUUUGCAAGUGAUUUAUCUCUAUAUUGGGAGUUUAGUCGUUGCUGGUUUCGAUUGUUUCUUUUUUUAUUUGUUGGGACAUGCCGUUUCAGAACUGAAAAUGUUAACAAUUUCGUUUAGUUGUAAAGAAAUUGGAAAAAAAUGGAGUUAUGAAGAGAGGUUUAAAUAUUCCGUCAAACACCACAUAUACAUUCUUGAGCUUUUGGAGAAAAUUAACAACGUUUAUUCGGUCAUGCUUUUAAACCAACAUCUCUGCUCACUGUUUGGAAUCUGUUUUGGAAUUUUUUUAAUGACUAAAGACGGAAUACCGCCCGAUGUUGAUCAUUUUAGCAAAUGGUCGACUUAUAUUUUUACGUUUGUUCUUCAAGUUUGGAUGUACUGUUUUGCAGGAGAUCAAAUAAUACAUUGGUCGUUGAAAAUUCCGGAUGAAAUUUUUUAUAACAAUCAUUAUUGGAACACUAAAUAUUCUUUCAAAGAUGGUUUGAAUAAAAUUAUUGCGAUACAAAGGGGGCAAAAGGCAGCAGGAGUCUCACUUGGAGGAUUUGAAAUGCUCCAUAUUGGAAGUUUCAACAUAGUGAUUAAAAAUGCAGUUAAUUUUUUCAUGUUUAUGGAUAAAAUGUAUAAAAGGGAGUAG